AUGGUCCUCUCAUGCCGUGCACAUUUGUUGCCUCCCCUGCCGAGCAGAAGCAAUGUUGUCGUGAGUUACUUUCUGUCAUUUGAAGUAGCAUAUAUCCUAAUCUGUUGGGCAGCAUAUUGGCAUCGAAAUCAUGAAGGAAAAUUGGCUCGUGGAACACUUCGUAGCUGGCCAGUUCCAUGCAAGGCAAAGUUCGACAUAUAUACACCAUACAAUCUCACUGCCUGCCCACAAGUCCUCGUUAUCUGCACCAACAAUCACAGCCACCCUCCGCCUGCACCUGUCAAAACUCCAGAAGCUAUUAAAGCCAUUUUCUACGAGUUGCUGCUCACACUCAGCUGGAAACUUGCUGAUGCAACACCACGUCGGAUUUUACUUGAUUCUGCAUUCAUACAAGCUUUACAAGCUCACCUCAGUUGGAAGGAAACCCACAAUCCCACACUGUCAGACCUUCACCCGUCUCUUGGGAACUCUGACCAUGCUCGGCGCCUCAUCAACACUUUGCGGUUUAAUGAAUUUCCAAGUGGAACAGGAUUCGCAGGUGCUAUUCACUUGGCAACAAAACACGAUCUUUUGCCCAUUGACGAGCGCUAUAUUUGUUGUGCGGAGUCACAUCAGCUAUCCACCAAAUCAGCAUCAAAUCCACCUGCGGCCACCACAUCAACUUCGAUUAGUAGUCUGCAGCUGGUCAUUUGUAUGACAAAGCGGAUGUCAUGGCGUCUGAUGCAAGCAAAACGGCUCUCGAUCAAUACUUCAUUCAAACGUGUACAUGGCUGGCAGGAAUUUGAAUUUGAGUCUUGGGACGUUGCCCACAUGAAAUCUGUUAUUGGUGCUCGAGCAUUCACGACAUCUCAAUCAGCACAAGCACACUUCAUCCUCUUCCAACGAAUAUUCGAGAUUGCCAGUGCGGACACAGGUUGUGCUGUUCAGUUUCAAUACAUGCACGGAGAAGGGAUUCAAACCAUCAUUGCUGAUGGACAUAAAGGUCAAGGUCUUGGCCUAGGUAUGUAUUGCGUAUACCUGUGUAAAGACUCAAUACAGGCUUGCCGCUAUGACACCACUGCUCUACUUCGUGACCUGGAUCCAUAUGACCAUCUGCGCCGCUUCUACCGUCUAUGUCUUGCGCACUAUAAACGGAAUAUCCGUAGUCUCCGUGGUCAAAUUCCCAAAGAUGUGGAAAUUGCCAUGUUGACGAUCGCAUCAGCGGAGCCUCAUCCUGAUCUACAGGGAACAUUGAAGAAGAUAAAGAAAGGUGGAAAAAAGGCUGCAGGUUUAUUACUACCGGCAGCAUGGCUUAAAGAUAAAAUUGAGGGCACGAAGUUUGUGCUACCGGCACUCUAUCAGCCAAACAGUCUCAUCCCGCUCGAAAUUUGGAAGGCCUCACCAACUACUACCAAUGGAAACGAGCAAGCACACAGGAAUAUCAAUCGUGAUGGUGUGGGUCUUACGCUAUUGGGAGGAAUCAUGCGAGGAUUUCACUACGACACAAACAUCAGCGCUAGUUUGGACCUUUUCGAUGCAUUUGGCAUCAACUCCAGCGACCGUUUAUCUACCCAUGCUUACCGUGCAAAACGUGCUCUUGCUCGACAAGGUAAGCAAUACUAG